CGUCUUUUCUGUACCUACGCGAAACCUGUGUUCUUCCGGUGAUCUCCACGUUCACCAUCUUCAUUAGACAGCGCCCAAAUCCAAAACCCUCGUCUCAAUUUCCAAUUAUGGAGUCCAUUGGGGUUCUGCUGGCUUGCCCGAUGAACACUUAUCUCGAGCAGGAGCUCGAUAAGCGCUUCAAUCUUUUCAAGUUCUGGCAGUAUCCACAAAGGUCGCAAUUCCUCGCGGAGCACUGCAAUUCGAUUCGCGCUGUAGUUGGAAAUGCAUCGGCUGGUGCGGACGCCAGUUUGAUUGAUGCCUUGCCGAAGUUAGAGAUCGUCUCCAGCUUCAGCGUGGGGCUGGAUAAGAUUGAUCUCAAGAAGUGCAAGGAGAGGGGGAUUCGGGUCACCAAUACUCCCGAUGUGUUGACUGAAGAUGUGGCCGAUUUGGCGAUUGGGUUGAUUUUAGCGGUGCUGAGGAGGUUGUGCGAGUGCGAUGGAUAUGUCAGGAGCGGGAAGUGGAAGAUUGGUGAUUACAAAUUGACUACCAAGUUCUCUGGAAAAUCAGUUGGAAUUAUUGGUUUGGGAAGAAUUGGCAUGGCAAUUGCCAAGAGAGCCGAAGCAUUCAGAUGUCCAAUAUCUUACUACUCGAGAACAGAAAAGCAGGGUUCCAAGUACAAAUACUAUCCAAAUCUUCUCAAUUUGGCCUCCAACUCCGAUAUUCUGAUUGUUGCUUGCCCGCUAACAAAAGAGACUCACCACAUCAUUAAUCGUGAAGUUAUCGACGCAUUGGGUCCAAAAGGUGUUCUCAUCAACAUUGGGAGGGGUCCUCAUGUCGAUGAACCCCAAUUGGUAGCUGCCCUGGUCGAAGGCCGAUUAGGCGGUGCGGGGCUUGAUGUGUUCGAGCAUGAGCCCGAAGUGCCCCAAGAGCUCUUUGCACUCGAAAAUGUCGUCCUGGUGCCUCAUAUAGGAAGUGGGACUGUGGAAACUCGCACAGAAAUGGCUAACAUUGUGCUUGGAAACCUGGAAGCUCACUUCUCCAAUAAACCCCUCUUAACUCCGGUGGUCUUUAACUUUAAAACUGCUGCAGUCGGUCGCCGAAUUUUUACACGCUGCUCUGAAAUGGAGAUGGAGAAGAUAGGAGUCGCAAUGACGACCCCCAUGUUCGAUUACCUUGAACAACAGCUUGAACAGCGUUUCAAGCUCUUCAAACUCUGGAACCAUCCCCUGAACUCCGAUUACGUUCGAGAAAACGCGCAUUCCAUCAGAGCAGUAGUCGGCGGCACCAAGUCCGGCGCCGACGCUAAUUUGAUACACUCCUUGCCUGCGUUGGAAAUCGUUGCGAGCUUCAGCGUUGGUCUGGACAAGAUUGAUUUGCCAAAAUGCCAGGAGAAGGGGAUAAGGGUUACCAAUACGCCCGACGUAUUGACUGACGACGUCGCAGAUGCCGCGAUUGGACUUGCCAUGGCGGUUUCGAGGAGGAUUUGUGAGUCUGAUCGGUUUGUCCGAAGUGGAUCGUGGAAGGAAGGCGGUUUCCGAUUGGCGACGAAGUUCAGUGGUAAAUCAGUUGGAAUUUUGGGGUUAGGAAGGAUUGGUUCAGCCAUUGCCAAGAGAGUUGAAGCAUUUGGUUGCCCCAUCAGUUAUUGCUCUAGGAAUGAAAAGCAUCACAGUGGUUACAAUUACAAAUACUUUUCCAAUGCCAUAGACUUGGCUGCAAAUUCCCAGAUUUUGUUUGUGGCAUGCACUUUGACUGAAGAAACUAAGCACAUUGUCAAUCGAGAAGUAAUUGAUGCACUGGGGCCAAAUGGCAUUGUUAUCAACGUUGGACGAGGUGCUCAUGUCAAUGAAUCUGAGCUUGUCUCAGCAUUACUUGAAGGUCGUUUGGCAGGGGCAGGACUCGAUGUAUUUGAAAACGAGCCCCAUGUACCUGAACAGUUGUUUGAGCUUGAAAAAGUAGUUCUUCUGCCUCACGUGGGAACUGAUACCAUGGAGACCAGCACCGCAAUGGCAGACCUUGUAAUUAGAAACUUGGAGGCACAUUUCAGGAAUGAGCCUCUGAUUACUCCUGUGAUUUGAUUUCUUUAUACUUUUAAAAAUGUCCUGGUAGUCAUCGAAACAUUUGAGCUAGGGUGUUAAUUUAAUAUUAUUAUUGUUUUAUAUGGUUCUCUUGUUUCCCAGAAAGUUUGUUGUUUACACAAGCUUUAUGUGGUGAAGGAAAACCAUUUCCAUUUCUCACUGAAGCUGGCUCCUUCUUCAUCAGUAGAUUUGUUAGGGAUCUGAUUUAAUAAUAUGACUCCAAUUGAAAAGUUUUGGAUA